CUAACAUUUUUUAAAAACAUAUUUUCCCCAAAAUAAUUUUACUUACAAUAAUAUAUUUUUUUUCUUAACAAAAAUAUCAACGAACUUGUUGAAUUUCAUUUUAGACUAUGUGAAGGGAAUUUUGGGCUGAAGCAAAGAACCUCUUGCAAAUCUGAGCCUUGACGGCAACCGGCGAGGGUGAAGCAUCUCAUCUCCGAAGAUGGCCAUCGAUUCCAUCGAUGCUUCGUCUCCACCGUUUCAGACCGGACCCUCCGGUCACCCGCGCCAUUUCUACCUCGCAGUAGAUCGGAUUCACUUCAAAAUGCAAACGGUGGUUGAGCUACUGGAUCUGGUAGGUCGGCGUCCAUGCUUACCAAUUGUGGUGUGUUGCAGCACUCGUGACGACCUCGACUCUCUCUGCUCCUCUCUCUCCGCUCUCCCAUUCAUUUCAUCCAAUGCUUUGUAUAGUGACCUCGCUGAAGAUGAACGUGCUUUUAUUUUAGAGAAAUUUCGGCACGUGACAGCAAGGUGGAAUCAGAUUAAUCAUGAGGAUGAGGCACGUAAAGAUGAGAGAUCUCACAUGAUUAUUGUCACAGACGCUUGCCUUCCUCACCUUGCUUCUGGGGAGCUUCCCUUGAAUGCUCAUCUUCUUAUUAACUAUGAAUUACCAGCAAAGAAGGAAACAUAUGGAAGGCGUUUGGCAACUUGUUUAACACCUGAUGGAAUUGUCAUCAAUAUGGUUGUCGGUGGGGAAGUGGUAACUCUAAAAAGUAUUGAAGAAAGCAGUAAUAUUGUCAUGCAAGAGAUGCCAAUGCAAAUUCUUGACAUUUUAUGAAGAUGUUUAGUCUUUGAUGUUCCCUGAAAAAAGCAAAGGCUUUGAUGGCUUGCACUCUUGAAUGGUUAAAGACUUGAAGCCCUCUCGUUCCUUUGAAUAUUCUGUGAGUAGUCACUACUGCAAAGAAAAUAUACUUCUAAUCUUCUUUUUAUUAUUUUGCAUUAUAGUCUUUUAGGCUAGAUUGCAUCAUCUAUUGGUUGUUUAAAAUUAGAGUUUCAGAAAUUUGGUAGAAAUGACAAACUUUUUGGCCUUUUCUAUUUUUUAGAGAUGUAGUGUCAUGUAUUUUUGAACACUAUAAAAAGGGUAUUUGAGGAUAUGAAGGAAUUGCCAACCAAAAUUUUCUUUCUUGAUUUUUUGAAAGAAAAUAUUAAUGGGAACAACUUUUGUAAUUUUUUUUGGGAGAACUUUAAAAACAAGGUGAAAUGUCAAACACAUAAUAAAAUUUAUAGAAAAAUGUUAACCUCAACUCUUAGGGUUGAAUUUAAGCAACUAACAAUAGUAAGAUUUUGUUGAAGAAAGAAGCAUUAAUCACACUUUUAUAAUUUUAAUUUAAUAAAUGGGUUAUGAUGCUCAGCAAACUAAGUAUGGGUAAAGGUAUUUCAACUUAGACACUUGGACAUUAACAUUGCUAUGUAAACUGUGUCAAGGCAGAAGUUUAAAGUUAAAAUGUCCUGAAAUCUGACAGUGACACUUCUUAUCUAGUAAGUUAUGCCAAAACCUUGUGAUUUAAAAUUGGCUAUAAACUUUUCUUGCGACUGUGUCUGUAGUGUGUAAAAUUUAUUUUCGUUGCUAACCAAACGAGCAGUAAAACUCUUCUAACUGCAACAGUCCAAUAUUUGGCUUUCCAAUGGACAGAACAUGAAAGUAAAAAGUUGUCUCGUUGGUGAAACGCCCAGGCAGUGACAUUCAUCUUAAUAUUCAUGUCAUAAAUCAGAAUAGUCGCAUGUCGUGUUUUUUUCUUAGGUUGACAUUGGCCGUUCGGUCAGUACUGAAGUUUUUGAAAGACAGGAAAAUAUUAGGACUGUAUUAUUUUGUCUGGUUAACAUUGUUCACCCGUAAAAGAAUUCGUUAUCGCGGAAAUUGUUCACUCUUCAACAGUGGGGCUGUUUAAUUGGGCAGGGUGAACUGUUUAAGCCUGGCUGCAUGGUUAAAUUAGCCAAGCCAGAAUGAAAAUUCAUACUUGAUUCGUGUUUCACAAACCCAGAAUCCUGGGUGGAUCGACUUGACUUAUGAAACCUAAAAACUCAAUCAUCAACAUCCUUCACUACAUACAUGGACAAAAAUUUAUAUUAUAUUAAUGUUAGAUUACCGAAGAUACUUUUUCUACAUGAAAAUUUAAAUUUGACAAAUACAUAUUUGCUUGCCCCAAAACAUGGUUCAUAAAAUUGAAUAAAAAAAACAACAAUUUGAUUAUAAAAAAUGAUGGACAAUACAUUAAGAAUAUCAUGUAAAUUGAAUAUAACAAAUUACAUAAAAAGGACUCGUCUAUCAGUCAACAAUUCCUGAAGAGUUAAAUGGAUGACUUGGGUUAUUAAUUUGGAAUUCCCACUCGCAUGAUUUGUGAUGUUAAAUAGGUCGGGUUGAUGGAAUUGAUCUAUUUUGACACUCGUAGUCCGUUAUCCUUGCAAUGCAAAGCUGUAGGAUCUGUCGGGCCUGGAAUAUGCACAAAAACACAAUGCGAAAGUGUGUAUGCUUACAUCAGUUCAUAUUUGUUGUAGGAAGUAGCCUUGGACGGAAAAAAAAAAGAGAAAUGAAUUUUUGUUCCAUUUUGUUUAUAUUUCCAUCAUCUGCUAAAGGGGAGUGCCAGGCUGACUUUGGGACUCUCUUUCUGUAGUGUGUGGGUGCCGAUCGCGGUUUUGAUGAGCUUUAAUCUGAAAUUGGGAUUAUUGGGACUUUGGACGGCUUAUUGCAGCCCAGUUAUCGUGUGCUGUUGUGUGGCGAUAGUGUUGGGUAGAAAGUGCAUGAGUUGAUAGGCCGAGAAAAUGUGAGCAGCUAAGAAAAUAAUAUUUGAAUUCCUAAUAUGAAGAAGUGAAUGGUUAAUACCUGUGAGAGGGGAGCUUACAUUGGUUGCCUUCAUUUGGGAAACCAGAAACGGGGGAUCUUUUUCCUAUUUACCCUAGAAAGAUUUCAUUUAUGUUGUUGCAAAUUCGGAUUAAGCCCUAGUAAGAGGUUUCUAAAUGCUCCUGAUCUUUCUCUACCGCUUUGUUAUUUGUCAGUGUCAUACUUUACCUUUGAUAUUCGUAGAUACCUAGCAACUUGCUGGCUCAACGAAAAGGUAAGUUCAAGUGCUCAAAAAAAGUUUUUCAAUUGCAUAUGGUCUAGUGGUAAGGGGAAUAUUUUGGUGAAAUUCAAAUCACGUUGUUGUCACUAGAAUAUCUAUUAUCUAGUUCAACUUGACACAAGUGGAAUAGAAAACUGUUGGAGUUAAAAUUACUUAAGCUGCGUGUAGUAGCCUAAUAGAGGUUACGUAUUUUAAUGGAUAGAACAUGUGUUUAAGAGCAGGGAUACGCAAUAAGACCAGUGUGUUCGAUUCUCAGCAAAAUAUCCGUUUCCUAUACCCCACCCUCGCUGGACCAAAAAGAGGAUAUAACAUACGUUGAUCUGUGGAUAAAUCAUGUGACAAUGUUUUGAAAAACAAAUUAAACAUGGAAAUAGGGAGACUUUUAGGCCAUUAUUCAAUUGGAUCAAGCUGUUAAAUAUAUUGAAUCAAAAUAAUGUUCAAAUUAACAAUAUGCUCGUUCACAGUCGGAUCAGUACAAUAGGUGGUCUGAUUUUAAAAUAUUUCCAUGAGAAUAAAAGGAGCUUUAAGGUUUCAUUCCGAUUCAGAGGAUGUUAGAUCCUAUAACCAACUCCUCAACCCCUUUUGAAAGAAAAAAAAAAGGUUCCAAAUUGAAAAGUUCUUAUCUCUAACAACGUACGAUUUUUAGGAGCCGAAUGAUUAAAGAAUUUUUUUUAUUUUCAAUUACUAAAAUAUUGUUUUUUUAUUUUCAAAGAUUUAAUAAAAUACAAGUGAAAAUAUCCCAUAAAAAUAUUUAAAAAUAAAAAACAGAAAAUAAAGUGUUAAUUAAAAUUAAAAAAACAAUCUCAAAUCAAAACACCCCCUUAUUUUUUCAUUAGUCGUUUUCUAUACUUCUCUUCAAGAGUCAAAAUGAUAGUGAUAGAUAUACUUUAAGCCUUUCGAAAUGGAAAUUGAGCGUGUGAAUAAAGUGAUUCAGUAUUCCAUUCACUCCCUUAGUUGCAUUUCUUGAAGAGUUGAGAACGAGUAU